GUUAACGACGUCGUAAAACAUGGUCGACUCUGAAAUCUAAAACCGAAUACCGUCAUUCUCAUUUUUUCAUUCGCCGCGGUCGGUUGGUGUGCUGCAGCAAUAUAAAUAAACAUGGCUUCAAUGUUGGCAAAUAAUUUAAGAAAGGCUGUCGCCGCCGGUGGCAGGCAGCCAAAGUUAAUGGCGGCUGCCCUAAAUAAUUCGUUCUACACCUAUUGCAACGAAAUUUCCCACCCCCUCAAUCGUGUGCCACCAAAUGGAACUCCAGAGGAAGCUGUGAAAUGUAUUAAAUCCGGUGAUGUCGUCUUUUGUUCUGGCGCCGCUGCCACACCCAUUACCCUAAUCAAUGCUAUGGUUGAACAUGGAAAAGCUAGUAAUUUGAGUGAUGUUACCGUUUGCCAUAUGCAUACCGAGGGUCCUGCAGCCUAUACCGAACCUGGAAAUGAUAAAAUCUUCCGUUCGAAUUCAUUCUUUAUGGGCGGCAAUGUUCGCAAGGCUGUAGCUGAGGGACGUGGUGAUAACUUCUCCAUAUUUUUGCAUGAGAUACCCCAAUUGUUCUACAAGAAGAUUGUUCAACCCGAUGUGGCCUUAGUACAUGUCUCACCACCAGACCGUCAUGGUUAUUGCUCAUUGGGCACCAGUGUCGAUUGUGUUCGUGCUGCCUUGUUGCACUCUAAGAAAAUUGUAGCUCAAGUUAACAAACAAAUGCCUCGUACCUUUGGCGAUGCUGCCAUACAUAGCUCUCAUUUUGAUUAUAUGACUGAAAUCGAUGUUCCACUACCUCAACAUGGCGGCAAGGGCCCCAGUGAUGUUGAAGCCAAAAUUGGCCAAUUGAUUGCCGAGAAUUUGGUCCAUGAUGGUGCCACACUGCAAAUGGGCAUCGGUAGCAUUCCAGAUGCUGUCUUGAAUGCUUUGCAUAAUCAUAAAGAUUUGGGCAUCCAUUCCGAGAUGUUUGCCAACGGUGUAGUUGAUUUAGUCAAGGCUGGCGCAGUUACCAAUCGUAUGAAGAAAAUGCAUCAGGGCCGUAUUGUGGGCUCAUUUUUGAUUGGAAAUCAAGCUUUGUAUGAUUUCGUCAAUGAUAAUCCUUUCAUUGAAAUGUAUGCCAUUGACUAUGUCAAUAAUACUGGCGUAAUUAAACAACAACCUCGUAUGACUGCCAUUAACUCUUGCAUUGAAGUCGAUUUGACUGGUCAAGUGUGUUCCGAUUCUAUUGGCACACGCUUCUUCUCCGGCUUUGGUGGUCAAGUCGAUUUCAUUCGUGGUGCUGCUGAGGGUGUUGAUGGCAAAGGUGUGCCGAUAAUUGCUAUGCCUUCCGUCACCAACAAGGGUGAGAGCAAGAUUGUGCCCGUUCUAAAACCAGGUGCCGGUGUUGUUACAUCGCGUGCUCAUGUCCACUAUGUGGUCACCGAACAUGGUAUUGCCUCGUUGUUUGGCAAGAACAUGCGUCAACGUGCUUAUGAACUUAUACAAAUUGCUCAUCCCGAUCAUCGUCAAACAUUGGAGAAACAAGCCUUCGAACGCUUGAAGGUUAUGCCCUCCAAAUCGUAAAAAGUGCAACGAAGAGUCAUUAUAUUUUACUAAAUGCACACAAUUUUACCACAAAAGUAUGCACUCAUUCGAAUUGCAGCAACAGCUGCGCCCUAGCCGUAGCCAUAGUUAGCAGCAGUCAGAUUUUGCAUAUUAUGUACUGUAUUUUGUUUUUCAAUUAGAUCGACGAUAACAAAUCAUAGUGAUUUUGAAGAAUUACUUUUAUUCUGUAGGGUAUCUCUUAAUUUCAAGCUCUGUAAUCGCCAUCACUUUUACUAAUUGUGUACGUAUCUUGAAAUUUGUUUGUAGUUUUGAUUUUAAGUCUACAGAAAUUAUCAUUUACAAAGGGGUAUUUUUUGUAUUGCCAAUAAUAAUCCGGACGACAUUAGUCAACAUUGUUCAAAUACCAAAAACAAAGCUAAAACGAGUUAUUAAUAAAAUAAAGAAAAGUGUAAACCAUUCCUAUUAAAAUUAAA